CCUAGCCCCCAGAGCUGCGGCCUAACCUGACAGCGGGUAGCCACCGCCUCUCGCAGGUGCCGCACGCAGAGGCGCGGGGAGCCGGGCUCGGGCCGCUGGCGGUUGCGCUGAGGGAGCGCGGUGGGGAGAGCGCCAUGAGAGCGGAGUCGGGGCUUCGGCUGGAGGCCCUGCCGCGUCCUCCACGAGCCCUUCCACCUGUGCCAAGUGCUAAUCAAGGUGAUAUUCCACUUAGUCGUCCUAAGAGAAAGAAGCCCAAAACAAAAAACACACCAGGUAGUGCUUCUUUGGAAGGCCUUGUUCAGGCUUCUGUUCGCAGGCCAUCUGAGGGCAGUGAGCCACCAACUAAAGAAUCCACGGAACAUCCAGAAGAAGCUCCUGUUCAAAGGAGACAGAAGAAGACGAGGCUACCUCUUGAAUUGGAGACUUCCUUAACCCAAAAGAAGACGUCUAGUUCAUCUUUAUUACGAAAUGAAAAUGGUAUUGAUGUGGAACCAGCUGAGGAGGCAGUUAUUCAAAAACCUCGAAGGAAGACAAAGAAAACCCAGCCAGCAGAAUUACAGUAUGCCAAUGAACUGGGUGUAGAAGAUGAAGACAUAAUUACUGAUGAGCAAAGAGGCCCAGAACAACAGUCUAUAUUCACUGCACCCACUGGCAUUAGCCAGCCUGUAGGCAAAGUGUUUGUGGAAAAAAGCCGGCGAUUCCAGGCUGCUGAUCGUUCGGAGUUGAUAAAGACCACAGAAAAUAUAGAGGUGUCGAUGGACAUGAAGCUUUCCUGGACAACCAGAGAUGUGGCACUCUGGGUGCACCGGGCUUUCAGGAUGAUUGGUCUCUUUUCUCAUGGCUUCUUGGCCGGCUGUGCUGUGUGGAACAUUGUUUUCAUAUAUAUUCUAGCAGGAGAUCAGCUUUCUAACCUCUCAAACCUUCUGCAACAGUACAAGACCUUAGCAUAUCCAUUCCAGAGUCUUCUCUACUUGCUUUUAGCCCUAAGUACAAUUUCAACUUUUGACAGGAUUGACUUUGCUAAAACAUCAGUAGCAAUCCGAAAUUUUCUUGCCCUGGAUCCAACAGCUUUAGCAUCUUUCUUGUACUUUACUGCUCUUAUAUUAUCUCUGAGUCAGCAAAUGACAAGUGACAGAAUCCAUCUUUACACACCUUCUUCUGUUAAUGGUAGCCUCUGGGCAGCAGGUGUCGAGGAACAGGUUCUCCAGCCAUGGAUUGUGGUGAAUCUGGUGGUGGCCCUUCUGGUUGGACUGUCUUGGCUUUUUUUGUCUUAUACGCCAGGCAUGGAUCUUAGUGAAGAGUUGAUGUUCUCCUCUGAUGUGGAAGAAUAUCCUGAAAAAGAUAAAGGACUCAAAGCCUCUUCAUAAUGCCAGCUCACCUUCAGUGUAGUAAUGGCCCAGUAUUUAGAAUUUUUCCUAUUCUUGUUUUUAAGUGUAUUUUUAUAAGCUAUGUACAGGUAUAUUUGGAAUUGAUUUUUUGAUUAUAUAGUACUGAAAAUUUUCUCAAGAUUAUGGAAAAUGUUAAAAUUGUAUCUGCAAUUCAUAACCAAACAUUAAUCUCUCUAGCAUUAUCAUCUUAAUGACAAAGGAGGUAAUGAGCUCGAAACCAGCAGGUGAAAGUGUUUAUUUCCUGUUUUCUCAAAUUAGUUGCAUUUAUAAUCAUUAUCUUAAAAAACUCUUCUACAGAAACAGCCAUUACUUUAGUGUUAUAAAAUAUAUAUCAGGUUUAAACAUAAAAUUUAGGGAAUAGGAAAGAAGGGGGCAAAAGACCUUUAUUUUUAAUGCCUCCUUACUGAAUAAAUUAAAAUAUGAAAUGUGUCUUUUUUCAAACUGGCUUGGUGGUUGUGGUUAUGUAUCAUGUAAUAAGUAUAAUGUAAUUCAGCUUGAAAGAUGCUUUACUUCAUGACUAAUAAAAAGAAAAUAU